AUGCUUUAUCUGGAGGGCGAACGGGGUCAUAUAUCCAUAGCGAUAGCACUAUUGAGUAGGGGCAUAAACUUACCAACCACCACCUGCUGUCAAUGUAACUCAAUGGAAGAAGCAGCUGAUCACAUCCUAGUGCAAUGUGUUUUUGCUAAAACUGUCACAGAAUGGAUUUUCAAUUGGUGUAAUAUUCCAUUAAUAAGCUUCCAAACGGUGCACAACGUUCUCGUUUAUGCUUCCAAUUGGGGAACCUGUCCCAAGAAGAAGAAAAGGCUAAUGAGCAUUUAUUACGCGACCUUAUGGAGUAUAUGGAAGACAAGAAACGAACGAAUAUUUGCUAAUAAACGGUUAUGUGCUACAAAAGUAGCGGACAUUGUCAAAUCAACAACAUUUCUUUGGGUUAAACAUAGAGGUGGUAAAAAAGAUCUAAAUUGA